AUGCCAGCAGGCCAUCAUACCCUUCGUCGAGCGCAAAGGCAUAGGCUGGAUCCUACCACUCCACGAAACCAUAGACACGGUCAUCGCCGGAACGGUCUUCGCCGUGGCGUUGAAUUUCAUCCUCUUUGGCACGACAAAGAUCCUGUCAGUGUUGGGGAUUUAUCACGACAUCUUGGUGACCUGGCGAGAAGUUGA